AUGACGACUCCUGGCGUCCCUGUCGACCUGUAUUCGUACUGCCUGCUCCUGCAGAGCGAAAUUACUCGCCUCACCGACCGUCUCGACCGUCUUGAGUAUGGUACGCCUGCUCCACCCCCUGCUCCCCCUUCCCCUGGUCCUACAUUCCACGGUGUCUGGGACGGCAGUCGCUGGGUUCUUCCAACAAUCCCGGCCCCUACCCCUGCCGUCAUCGCUGCGGCCCACACUUCCAUACCACUUGCCGAAACCUUCCCCCCUACUGCGCCCGACACUGUCACGCGCUUCUCUUGUACGCUUGUGGUGCCUGACUCGGCUGUCGGGCAUAUCGUGGGUCGUGGCGGCAAGGGUCUCCACCAAGCUCAUGACACUUCUGGUGCUCAGUUGCGCCAAAUCGGUGAAGCGCUUAUUGCGCUUGGGAAACGGUUCAUGCGUAAGCGUGUCCGUGCGAAGAAGCAACGUCAGCCACCGUCUGCUGAGGGACCUGCUCCCCCUCCUCCUGUCGCGCCUGUGCCUGCGUCCCACGCCACUAAGAUGGAUGUCGACCGUGCUCCGCACCGCUCGUCCACUGUGCCCCGUGGUCAGUCUCAGGUGCCCCGCGCCCCACUGCCGCACGUCCUGCCGCUCAUCCGAGGGCUUCGACUGCCGCCCGGCGGGCCAGCUGGGCAUUCGCGACUGUCUUCUCCCCUUCUUCCCGUCUACCCUACCCCGUCAGCCCGCCGCCGCCACUACCCAACCUAUACGGGCCGCGGCUUCCACUCUCCCUACUCCCCAGCCUAA